UCAACUUGCUACAUUCACAUUUCUAUAAAACUGAAUCUACUGAAUUUACUUGUUCAAAAUGGCACAAUGCUUUUGUUAGAACAAACAAACGAUUAUGCAUCGACUUGCAUUGGACCCUAAACAAGGAGGAAGUACAGUUAGUGUCAACAGCACCCCGGUUCGUGGGACUUAAACCGUGAACUUUAAACGGGUUGCAGCUAAUGGCAGGUUUAUCAUUUGGGCGCGUGUGUCUUUAUUAAUGUGUGGUUGCGAUCUUUCAUUUAAAAGAACUGCACACUGCCUGCCCUCUAACCGGAGCUGCGUCAAGUAACCAAUAAAAAGAGCGACACCGGAAGUCAAUUGGGACGUCCUUCAACAUAAAAGCUUGACACAGCUUAGUGCUUUAUAUGAACCGUGUUCAUCAAAGAGGGGGUUAAAAUUUGAACCAUUGACCAGAACUUGCAGCAGCUGUCUGUUUUUUGACUUGGUAGUAAUCCGCACUACCCACCAGAGGAGGAGUGUGGUUCAAGACGCAGUUGGAGUCCGCGCAUUUAAACCAGAUUCCCGCAACAUCAUAUUUUCUCUGGCACAAAAUCGGUUCGCCCUCGUUUUUCCGGAUUGGGGCAAAAGUAGCGUAAUCGUCCAAAUUUUUUUCUUAAGAAUGGGCUGCGCAAUAUCUGGCCUGGCAGCAAAAACGGAGUUUGAGAUGAAUACAGAAGAUUCCCCUCCUGCGCAUCUCAGUGAGAAUCAGAUUCAAAUGAUUAAGGAGUCAUGGAAAGUUAUUCAGGACGAUAUAGCCAAAGUUGGGAUUAUUAUGUUUGUCAGAUUAUUUGAGACCCAUCCCGAAUGCAAGGAUGUCUUCUUCCUGUUCCGAGACGUGGAGGAUCUGGAGAGGUUGCGGACCAACAGGGAACUCAGAGCACAUGGCUUACGGGUGAUGUCUUUCAUUGAGAAAAGCGUGGCUAGACUGAACCAGCUGGAGAGACUGGAGGCUCUGGCUCUGGAGCUGGGAAAAAGCCAUUAUAAUUACAACGCUCCACCUAAAUACUACAGUUAUGUUGGAGCUGAAUUCAUCAUUUCUGUGCAGCCCAUCCUGAAGGAGAGGUGGACAGCGGAGCUAGAAGAAGCAUGGAAGACUAUGUUCCAGUAUGUGACCAGCCUCAUGAACCAGGGGUACCAGGAGGAGAGCGCCCGGCAGCACCACCUAGCCCUCUCCCCAAAGGACAGACCUGAGAAGAACAACACAGCGCUGUGAAAUGCCUCUUCUCUUCACCACACCGCAGACUGUUUUUACCACUACAACACAGAAGUG